CGGACUCCGCACCAUGAAGCUGCCCCUGCUGCUGCUGUUGCUGCUGCUGCUGACGGCCCCGGGGCCCCGGCCCGCAGCAGGCUCCCAGAGCUGCUCACUUCGCUGCGGGGACCGGGAAGGCCCAUGCUCCUGCCACCCCACCUGUGAGGGCCUGGGAACCUGCUGCACCAACUUCCGCGAAUUCUGCCUGGAGAUCUCGCCCUACUCGGGCUCCCUCAUGGGCGGCAAGGACUUCCAGGUGCAGCACUUGAUGUCGCACGAUAGCGACAGCCGUGUGAUCUGCAGGUUCAAGGAGAGUGUACAGACCCUGGGCUACGUGGACAACCAGAACGUUGUGCACUGCGUGUCGCCUCUGCUUUACGAGACUGGCCGCAUCCCCUUCAACAUCUCCAUGGACAAUGGCAUCUCCUUCCCGUACGCUGGCACCUGGCUGGCUGUACACCCCAGCAAAGUGUCAGCGACAGAAAAGUGUCAGCUGGUGAAUGAGACCCGCUGGCAGUACUACGGCACCCAGGGCACCGCGGGAAACCUCUCAGUGACCUGGACCACCACUGACCUGUUCGCACAGGUGGUCAACAUUGAGCUGUGGGGGUACCAAGAGACAGGGAAGCCCUACUCAGGGGACUGGAGAGCAGAAUGGUCAUACCUGUACACGCUGGCCAAGAACAUCCCCAACUCUGGUCGCUUCACCUUCACGCCCCAACCGGCGCCCCAGCCCUACCAGAAGUGGCGCGUGGGUGCACUGCGGAUCGUCAGCCACGAUCACUAUGAGGGGCAGAAGGACGUGCAGGCACUCUGGAGCAACGAGCACGCGCUGGCCUGGCACCUGGGCGAUGACUUCCGAGCCGACCCUGUGGCCUGGGCCAGGGCCGAGUGCCUGGCCUGGGAAGCGCUGGAGGACCAGCUGCCCGACUUCCUGGCGGAAAUACCCGACUGCCCCUGCACGCUGGCCCAGGCCCGCGCAGACUCCAGCCACUUCCACACGGACUACGGCUGCGACAUGGAGCAGGGCAGCGUGUGCACCUACCACCCCGGGGCCGUGCACUGUGUGCGCUCCGUGCAGGCCAGCCCCAAGUACGGCUCUGGCCAGCAGUGCUGCUACACGGCCGAGGGCACCCAGCUCCUGACGGCCGACUCCACCAGCGGCAGCACCCCGGACCGCGGCCACGACUGGGGGUCGCCCCCGUACCGCGCGCCGCCCCGCGUGCCCGGCCUCUCGCACUGGCUCUACGACGUGCUCAGCUUCUACUACUGCUGCCUGUGGGCACCCGAGUGCCCGCGCUACAUGCGGCGGCGCCGGUCCAGCGACUGCCGCCGCUACCAGCCCCCGCGCAUAGCCUCCGCUUUCGGGGACCCACACUUCAUCACCUUCGAUGGUGCCAACUUCACCUUCAACGGGCACGGAGAGUACGUGCUGGUGGAGGCACAGCUGACCGACCUGCGGGUUCACGGGCGGGCCCAGCCCGACGGGACCACCCGGAGAGCGCAGACCCGCGGCACGGGGCUGAAGGCGGUGGCGGUGCAGGAGGCCGACUCGGACGUGCUGGAGGUGCGGCUCGGGGCGCAGGGGCAGCUGCAGGUGCUGCUCAACCAGGAGAUCUUGCGCCUCGGGGAGCAGAGCUGGAUGGACCUGAAGGGCAUGUUCCUGUCGGUGGUCGAGGGCAAGAGUGUGUCUGUCAUGUUGGCCUCGGGGGCAGGCCUGGAGGUGAGCAACCAGGGCUCCUUCCUGAAUGUGAGGGUCCUGCUGCCCCAGAAGUUCCUCAGCUCCACCCAGGGCCUCUUCGGGACCCUCAACAACAACGCCACCGAUGACUUCACCCUGCGCAAUGGCCAGGUCCUCAGCCACAAGGCCACUUCCCGAGAGCUGUUUCCGUUUGGGGCCGACUGGGCCGUGAAGAAUGAGUCCUCGCUGCUGACUUACGACAGCCCGUACUUGGUCAACACCUUCCUCCGUGGGCCCAAACACGACCCCAACUACAUCCCUCUCUUCCACGAGGAGAUCACCCUCAGCCCCAGCCAGGCGGCCGACGCAGCGCGAGUAUGUGCGAGUGACCAGUUCUGCACUUUCGACAUGGUGGCCACUGGGAACGUGGAUGUGGCCAAUGCCACGCGGACAGCCCACCAGUGGCACCAGCAGCUGGUCCAGAGCCUGAAGCCAGUGGUCUCCUGCGGCUGGCUGGCCCCGCCUGCCAAUGGAUACAAGAGUGGCAUCAAUUACCUGGAGGGAUCCACCAUCAACUUCCACUGUGACAGCGGCUACAGCCUGGUGGGGCCGUCCGUCAGCACGUGCCAGCCUGAUGGCUCCUGGUCCCAGCCCCUCCCGACCUGUGAGCAAGCCCACAGCUACACGGUCCUGCUGAGCAUCAUCUUCGGAGGCCUGGGUCUGGUGGGCGUGGUCGUGCUCAUCUAUCUGCUCGUCAGACGUCGGAAGGGCUGCAGGAGCAGCUGGGGAUCACAGCCCUGA